AUGGCGCCCUACACGUACAACAACAACUUCUACGAUCCCGUGGGCAGCCAGUCAAAUCAGCAACCGCAAGGCUACACCUACUCCAACAAUGCGCCGUCUACGUCCGCUCAGUAUCCCAGUCAAGCUGCGUCUACGUAUGGAACGAACUACACGCAGCAGUCGUACCCGAGUCAGUAUGGCACGCAGACAUACGGGACCAGUGGUCAGCAGGCGUCAAGUCAAUCAACAGGCGGGAACACAACUCGCGCAGCGCAAGACUAUUCAGGUCGGUCCAACGACACGGCUUCUCAAUACGACAACACCACUUGGAACGCAACGCAGAACUACGCAUCUAGCGCCUAUGAUCAGCUGUCGAACCGAAGCCAGGCCAACCCCUCACCUCUCUACGCGACAAGUUCAGCUGCCUCAACGUUCGGCCGGCUGAACUUACCGGCCGAGCAGCAGUCCCAAACCUCUACAAACACAUUCGCCGGAACUCAGUCAUACCCCACGACAUCGUCAAAUGCGAGUACUCAAAAUGCGACACUAUCAGCUGCUGCACAACACCGAUCGUACAUGACUGCUUACACUCAACAGCAGACCCAGCCUCCUCCGAGAUACAACAGCCCUUUACAAGCCGUGCAAGCGCAGAAUCAGCAAAAAGGCCAUCGUAAGCAGGCUUCGAGUUCUGCAAACGCCGAACCGUCCCCUCAAUUUGCGGCGCGCAAUCUACAACAGCAACAACACCGGCAGCAGCAGCAAAGUCAACAACAGCGCCAGCAGAGCGCAUCUGUAGAGCCAUCUCCCACCACCGUCGAUCCUUCACAAGUCUACGAUUUUCGAGCCGAGCAGGAGCGAAAAGCGCGCAUCGACGCUGAGAAACGCAGAAAGAUUCAGGCGGAAGCGGCAGCGCGCAAAGCAGAAGAAGACGCCCGACAAGCCGAGGAAGACGCACGGAAGGCGGAGGAAGCUAGGAUUGAAGCGGAAAAGGCAAAGGCCGAGGAAGAAGCGAAGAAAGCCGCCGCGGACGCUGCAAAGAAGAAGGCUGCGCUCGAGCGUAAGAACGAACAGCGGAGAAAAGCAAGGGAGGAGAAGCAGAAAAGUAAGACGGCUGCGACAGCAUUACAGCAGAUGGCUUCGGGCGCGGGCGUCGGUGGUGCUGCCUCAGGGAGUGGAAGUGGAAGCGGGACCAUGGCUGCUAUGGCUGCUAUGAUGGGCGAUCAGUCGCAGCCCCCGGCAAACAGCGAAGAAGCCGAGAUGCGCGCCAUGUUCAAGAAAAUGCGGGAGUUCAACGCGCGCAACCCUGACAUGCUGGCAAAGUUGUGGGAGGAGGAGAGGACCGCACAUGCAUCCAACAGUUCUCCGCAGCAGCCUGCACAGGCAUCGCCACCCAGACAACAGCCUCCGCCCGUCGCAGCGCCGACUGUCCCACCAUUGUCAACCUCAGGAUACAAGCCUUUUGCGACUCCUGCCGCUGCGCCCCCUCCGACUGGACCUUCGUCGAACUUCCGAGCAACGCAAGCUGCGCCGCCGACUCCUGCUCCUGCCCAACAAACCAACGCAGCUCUGUGGCCUCCACACAAAAAAGGCGCUUUGGCAGAAGCCGCUGCGAAGUGGUUGGCUCUUCUGCCUCAAAACCAAGGUACAGGCAGACACAUCAGUAGGGAGCAGGUCCUCAAAAUUCUGGACACCAACCCAUCGUACGUUCAGCUCUGUGAAAUGAUCGAGAAGGAGGGUAUACGAUUCGAACGCUCGGCUUUGGCAAAGGAACUUCUCAAAGCUGUCCCGGAUGGCAUGAAGAGCCAAGCAGGAAAGCCCGGACCUCCGGCCGCGCAAAGUCGGAUGACCGCACAGAUGAAUGCCGCUGCUGCUCCUAACAGUGAACCAAAGAAACGAGGACGACCAAAGAAGGACGGCCCCAAGAAGAACUGGUCGUACAACAGCUAUGCUUUGCCUGGAAAUAAGAGCAAUGCAGGGACUGUUUCCUACCAGACGCCAUCGUUCUCGUCCUUGACGGAAGCUGCCCGAGAGAUCAACAGCAUGAGCACAGCGCCGUCUUACCCAGCCACGGGAUCACUCGCUUCUACUUUGGCAGGUGGUGCUGUACAGCCCCCUAGCGAUCCAUUCUAUGAUGCACCGAUGACCAUCCACGACGAUCCCGCACCAGAUAUGUCUCAGCCUCCAGAAGUGAAGCCAGAGGAGCCGCGCCGUCCACCAGCCAACAAAGAGGAGGCUGCCAGGAAGCGCACCUUCAACGAUUUGGUGGAUCUGACCAAGGAGGACGAGUCCGAGGACGAAGGGCCCCCGCGGAAAACAGUCUUCGCCCCAGCCAGCAGACCUUCAAACGGCGUGGCCAUCCCACAACAGAGACCGACGAACGGGACUUAUCCUGCAAGGAAUAUGACGGAGACUGAAUACAGGAUGCGUGUUGACCAACAGCCGCGGCCGAUGUACGCACCGAUCAAGGCUCCAUUACCCUCUCAGCCAGUGCCUCCCAAGCCCACGGGUCCGAGUCAGGAAACACUACAAGCCGAUCGCGUUCGCGGAAAGAUGAUUGUCGAGCCCAUUAUGCGUGAUCGUGUUGCGCGAAAGUCGACAUACGACAGUCGAACGAUUGCCCGGGACGUUCUCCUCGCGACCGGCCGUCAUCCAGACAUGCGUGCAUUGAAUGCUCACUUCAACACCAUGCAGAACAUGCUAGGACAUCAUGGCGGUGUCGUGGACGGCGCCGGUAACAAGAGUGAUCUGGCGACUAUCAAAUGGGAUAUCAUCGAUCCUGGCGAGCCUGCAGAGGCCGCCAAACCGAAAGUCCGGACAGACGAUCCAAAUGAGACCGAAUCUGAGGACGCUGACGAUGAGAGUGAGAAGAAGCCGUCCGCGCCACAGCAAUCCGAAUCCGAGAUCAGCCACAGCGCCAAGGACGUCAAGCCACGAGUUGGUCGCCCGCGGACCUCUGAACCCAAACGUCGGCGGCGCUCAUCGAAAACGACGCGUCUUCCUGCCGAUUCAUCCACUUCCACUCCACGUCCCGUCACCGCCACAUCCGCCGACACGCCUUCGCCAAAAUCCGCCAUGUCCGUCGUAAGCGGGACUGCAAUUGGCUACGCCGCCUUCAAGCAAUACGAUGAGAAUGGCAACGAGAUCAAGCGAAAAGGUCGACCCGUCGGCUGGCGUAAAGACAUCCAUUCACGUGCAGCCGCUGGCCUCACGCCCGCAAAGGCUGGCCAUAAACCCACAUCGUCCGCCUCUCGCCUUCGUCAAUCCACGACCGCCGCGUCCACUUCCCCGAGCACCCUAAAGUCCCCUCAUUAUCAGGUCUAUCCGUGUGGCAUGAAGUCAUGCACUGCAGAGCUUGAUAACAUCGAGCGACACCAUGUGGAUAAGAAGGGCGUGAAGAAGAAGGGCAAGGCGGGCGUUGCCACCUUCGACACCAUCGAGGAGUGGCUCGCACAUGUGGACAAAGUACACCUGGGCCCGCUACGGUGGAAGCUGGGCGAUGGGCCGAGAGGCAAAGCUGACUCUUCGCCUCCACCAGAAUUGCACAUCGAUUCCGAUUCGUACCUUUCCGACGCGACCGGCCGAUCAGUCACACCACUUAUCGUUCCCGCUUCCGAUAAGCCCAACAACAGCUCCCAGCCGCCUUCGCAAACACACCAACGUCGCAGUCCAUUCUCACUACCUCCAUCCGAACCAGGACCCGGCGUGGUCUAUACCAAGGAUGAGAAAGAUGCGAUCGCGGAGCUGAGGAAACUGGAGGCGUUGAAGAAGAAGGAAGGAGGAUUCUUGGGCAAGCAGGGUGGCAGAUUGGUGAACGAGAAGCGGAGACGAGGAUUCUUGGAUGAUGAGGACUUUGAGGAGGUUGUGCUCGAGAGCGAUUGA